AUGAGCGAGGACCAGGACGAGCGAGGACCAGGACGAGCGUGGACCGGGACGAGCGAGGACCGGGACGAGCGAGGACCGGGACGAGCGUGGACCGGGACGAGCGAGGACCGGGACGAGCGAGGAAUUGGACGAGCGAGGACCGGGACGAGCGUGGACCGGGACGAGCGAGGACCGGGACGAGCGAGGACCGGGACGAGCGAGGACCGGGACGAGCGAGGACCGGGACGAGCGUGGACCGGGACGAGCGUGGACCGGGACGAGCGAGGACCGGGACGAGCGUGGACCGGGACGAGCGAGGACCGGGACGAGCGAGGACCGGGACGAGCGUGGACCGGGACGAGCGUGGACCGGGACGAGCGAGGACCGGGACGAGCGAGGAAUUGGAGAGCGAGGAAUUGGACGAGCGAAGACCGGGACGAGCGUGGACCGGGACGAGCGAGGACCGGGACGAGCGAGGACCGGGACAAGCGAGGACCGGGACGAGCCUUUGGACUGAAACCCAGCCCCCCUCCCUCCCCCCUCCCCCCUCCCUCCCUCUCUCCCCCCUCCCUCCCCCCUCCACAUCCUCACGUCCUGAUUGGCCGAUCGCUUCGUCACUUGGAUAAUGUAAACAAAUCCAUCUCUGUUUUUUCCCUGUUGUAUCCCCGGAUGCUCUUCCCGGUGAGAGCACUCGGGUCCGUGGCCUUCCCUUCUCCUCAUAACUCAGUGUUUAUGAAGUGGAUAUCGGGAGAGGAGCGCCGACCCUCCUCUCGCCCGCCGCAUUAA